CCAACUCUUGGAAGCGAAAAACCCACAAAUCUCUGUCUAUACAGUUUUCGGUCUCUCUUCUCCGUCUCCUCGGUACAGAGCCUUCAAUCUCGUCAUCGGCUCUGCUUCUGCUCUUCUCUCUCUGAGUUGUUGUCGGAAUAUUGCGUGGGGUUUACUUCCUCCGAUCAAUUAUUUGUUUUUAACCGAAAGGUUUGGAGAAUCGGAGUAGUUAGUGUUUGAGAAAGAGAGGAAUGGCGUCGGGUGCUGGCGGUGGCGAAGCGUCGACGUGGCAGCCGCAGGAGGAUGGUCUGAGGGAGAUCUGUGGGCUUCUGGAGCAGCAGAUGGCUCCCACCUCCGAUGACAAGUCGAUGAUUUGGCAGAGGCUGCAACACUACUCUCAGUUCCCCGAUUUCAAUAACUACCUAGCCUUCAUUUUAGCGCGGGCUGAGGGAAAAUCAGUGGAGGUAAGACAAGCAGCAGGGUUGCUUUUGAAAAACAACCUUAGAACUGCAUUGAAAACCAUGCCACCAUCAAACCAACAAUACAUAAAAUCGGAAUUGUUACCUUGUAUGGGAGCGGCAGAUAGGCAAAUUAGAUCUACAGCUGGGACCAUCAUUAGUACUUUUGUUCAGAUUGGAGGAGUUGGGGGAUGGCCUGAAUUACUACAUGCACUUGUGAAGUGCUUGGAUAGUAAUGAUGUCAGUCACAUGGAAGGUGCUAUGGAUGCAUUGUCGAAGAUUUGUGAAGAUGCACCCCAAGUUCUUGAUUCUGAUAUUCCUGGGUUAUCUGAACGACCUAUUAAUGCGUUUCUUCCAAGAUUCCUACAGCUCUUCCAGUCUCCGCAUACUACACUAAGAAAGCUUUCAUUGGGUUCGGUGAAUCAGUAUAUUAUGCUAAUGCCUACUGUUCUAUAUUUGUCUAUGGAUAAAUACUUGCAAGGAUUGUUUGUUCUUGCCAAUGAUCCUUCUCCAGAGGUUCGGAAGUUGGUAUGUGCUGCAUUUGUUCAACUAAUUGAAGUGCGUUCUGCUGUCUUGGAGCCACAUCUAAGGAAUGUAAUCGAAUAUAUGUUGCUAGUCAACAAGGAUACUGACGAGGAAGUGGCUCUCGAAGCCUGUGAAUUCUGGUCCGCUUACUGCGAAGCUGAAUUGCCACCUGAAAACUUGAGAGAAUUUUUACCGCGUCUAAUACCAAUUUUGCUAUCAAACAUGGCGUAUGCUGACGAUGAUGAAUCUCUUCUAGAAGCUGAGGAGGAUGGAUCUCUUCCAGAUCGAGAUCAGGAUCUGAAGCCUCGUUUUCAUUCUUCACGGUUUCAUGGAUCGGAGGACGUUGAAGAUGAUGAUGAUGACAUUGUGAAUGUUUGGAAUUUACGUAAAUGCAGUGCAGCUGCUCUGGAUUUUCUUUCAAAUGUUUUUGGGGAUGAGAUUUUGCCCACCUUGAUGCCUAUUGUCCAGGCAAAGUUAUCAUCUACGGGUGAUGAAGCUUGGAAAGACAGGGAAGCUGCAGUUUUAGCACUUGGUGCCAUAGGCGAGGGUUGCAUUAAUGGCCUCUAUCCUCAUUUGUCUGAGAUUGUUGCAUUUCUUAUUCCACUGUUAGAUGACAAGUUUCCUUUAAUAAGAAGCAUAUCUUGUUGGACGCUUUCACGUUUCAGCAAAUAUAUUGUUCAGGGUAUUUCGCAUAAAGAAGGUCAUGAUCAAUUUGACAAAAUUCUUAUGGGGCUGUUACGAAGAAUAUUGGAUGAUAAUAAGCGGGUGCAAGAGGCUGCUUGUUCAGCAUUUGCUACCCUUGAAGAGUAUAUGCAGGAGGCUGCAGAAGAGUUGGGACCACGACUGGAUAUCAUAUUGCAACAUUUGAUGUGUGCAUUUGGGAAAUACCAGAGGCGGAACCUUAGAAUUGUAUAUGAUGCUAUUGGAACAUUAGCAGAUGCUGUUGGAGGGGAACUGAAUCAGCCAAAAUAUCUUGAAAUCUUGAUGCCCCCAUUGAUCGCGAAGUGGCAGCAACUUUCAAACUCUGACAAAGAUCUUUUUCCGCUUUUGGAAUGUUUUACAUCAAUAGCACAGGCACUGGGUACUGGAUUUUCACAGUUUGCUCAGCCGGUGUUCCAGAGGUGCAUAAACAUCAUCCAGACUCAACAGUUGGCAAAGGUUGAUCCUGUUUCGGCUGGGGCGCAGUAUGAUAAAGAGUUCAUUGUUUGCUCCUUGGAUCUUCUCUCUGGACUUGCUGAGGGUCUUGGCCCUGGAUUAGAGAGUUUGGUUUCACAAAGUAGUUUAAGAGAUUUGCUGCUGCAAUGUUGUAUGGAUGAUGCAUAUGACGUCCGACAAAGUGCUUUUGCGCUGCUUGGGGACCUUGCUAGAGUUUGUCCAGUGCAUUUGCAUUCCCGUUUACCUGAAUUUCUGGACGUUGCUGCCAAGCAAUUGAACACCGCAAAGCUGAAGGACACUGUGUCUGUUGCCAAUAAUGCAUGCUGGGCUAUCGGAGAACUCGCAAUAAAGGUUCACAAGGAGAUGUCUCCAGUAGUUCUUAUGGUAGUCUCAUGCUUGGUCCCAAUACUUCAACGUCCAGAGGGCCUGAACAAAUCACUCAUAGAAAAUAGUGCCAUUACACUUGGAAGACUUGCUUGGGUUUGCCCAGAGCUUGUCUCACCACAUAUGGAACAUUUCAUGCAGCCAUGGUGUAUUGCUUUAUCCAUGAUACGUGAUGAUAUAGAGAAAGAAGAUGCUUUCAGAGGUUUAUGUGCAAUGGUCAGAACCAACCCAUCAGGGGCUUUAAAUUCUCUUGUUUUCAUGUGCAAGGCUAUUGCAAGUUGGCAUGAAAUAAGGAGUGAGGACCUACACAAUGAAGUUUGCCAAAUAUUGCACGGAUACAAGCAAAUGCUAAAGAAUGGAGCAUGGGAACAAUGCAUGUCUGCCUUGGAGCCACCUGUUAAGGAUAGGCUGUUGAAGUAUCAAGUGCAGUAAUUCUGUGGUAGUGAAUGUUUCUUCAAUCCUAUCGAUCACCUUCCAUGAUUAGCUGCUCCGGAGGUGUAUAUUCAGUCUGCAUCUGUAUUGUUUGUCAUUUUGGGCAUGUUUCUCAUAGGAUGUGGAGCCAUGUUGCAGCCUAGAUUUUGAUCAUGUUUUCCAACACAUUCGAUGUUUUAUAACUGCUCUGCUUCCAAGACUGGUUUCACAAAAUGGGACUUUAUUUGGAACAAAAAGCUGCAGCCCGCGAGCUUGGAUUGCGUACGGGGCUGUACUGUGCUUGUUGAACUUUCUUGCUCAUUCCUUCCUUCUGCAGAGUAUAGAAGUCAUCUAAUUGAAGCUUACGUUCAUAUUUUGGCUUCCUGGACCAUCAGGUGCGCAUUGUUGAAGCGUAUGGUGGAUAGAAGCCAGUCUACAAAUUCCACAAAAGUUUUGUUAGAAAAGGUGUCAAUAUUGUGUUAGGGCCAAUUUGUAGUCUUAUUUGAAGGCAGAGAGGGUUGAUGUCGCCCAUAGGGGUUUUAACAGUUUGAACAAUAAAUUUGCCAUAUAGCCUCAGAGUGUGUGAUGAUUUUUAAUAGGGAAGUGAGAAUGUAUGCAUAAGGAUUUAUUAUUGUAUGAUUGUGAUACUAACCAAUUUUUUGAUCCUUUUUUUCUUUUUUUGGUGAUAAAUUGAUAAUAUCAAUGAUUUUCUUGGACAAUAAACUUAUUGUUAUCCUUCUGUA